AUUACAUAUAGAUAAGGAUUAUUAUUUUUUUUCCAUAGUUUUAUCUAUUUUCUUCCUUACAGAGAAUGACAACUUCGAUGGACGAAAGUGACACCUGCCCAAUAUGUCUUGAGAUAUUUACAUCUCCAAAGAUUUUAGACUGCAGACACACAUUUUGUUUGAACUGUUUAAAGGGUUACUCCGAUGAGAUUGGACCAAAACAGCACAAACUGUAUUGUCCUCUAUGUCGCACAGAAUUCAAAAUACCAAAUGACGGACUUAGCCAUUUAGUAACAAACUAUUUUGUGGGUAUUUCGGAAUCGGACAAAUAUUGCUUGAAGUGUAAAAAUCAUCUUAAAGUUUCUGGAAGUUGCAAGGUUUGUGGUUUGUCUUUAUGUAUGGUUUGUUUCGAAAAACACUUUCAUUCUUCACCCGACGAGGACUAUCACGAUAAUGGAAGUGAAAUUCUACUCUCAAGAGUAGAUUUUAGCUCAUCAUUUUUACAACGCGUAGGAAAUUUAAAAACAAUUGAUUAUUAUAAGCUAGAAACACAUUUUGUAGUUGAGUCACCACCAGAAAACGACUCUCAUAUCAUAUAUUCAAUACGACUUGCUUCUUCUGGUGAUCUUUUAGUAGUACCUUCUGGUGUUCCGUUCAUAUUACUUAUGAAUCAAUAUGGAAAAACUAUCAAUAAAAUUCCUACUCCACAUCAGUGUGUGGGAAUAUACGAAACAAAUGGAGGAGAUUUAAUAGGAACUUUUCCCUUUAAAAGAACUAUACUUUCAUACAAAUUUGGUGUAUGGUCUGCAUUUAUAACAUGUCCAGAUUAUUUUCCCGUUGACAUUGUUCAGUUAACAAAUGGAAACUUACUAACAUGUGGUCAAAAGUUGCAUAUGACAUUUCCAGGAUUCGGACAGGGAUGUUUACAACUAUAUUCUACUAUCGGAGAACUCCUACGAACAGUUGACCGAGAGUUUGGGGUGUUCGACUUUCCACAUAAAAUUGCCUAUGAUAAGGAGCAUGGAGUAAUUGCAAUUGCAGAUCAUAAAAACCAUUCCGUUAUAAUUUUACAAGAGAAUGAUGGACCCUAUGUCAUAUAUAAGGGUGGAAAUAAAACAGUUACGCAAAUGUCGACAUCUUCAGUUCAAACUGAACGCCAGAUAUGUUUUCGUGCUUCAGGGAUCUGUUCUAGCUCUGACGGCAAUUUCAUUGUUUGCACACCUGAAGGUCACCUUCAUAUAAUAAACAAGUUUGGGGAACUAGUUGCAUUAGGUACGACAGAUUGUGAGGACAGCUUUGGAUUAUUUGUACCUGAUAUUGCAUUAGAUAAUCAUGGGGUCAUUUGGUGUAGUGACUCAUACUAUGGUACCAUCAAAACGUUUAAGUUGGAAAAAUUUGCGAAUAAUUUAGAUAACUGAA